AUUGCUCGUCACCAGGCGAAAACUUGUUCGUGUGAUUUACUCGUAGAUGCUUUUGCGGGUGUUGGAGGAAAUACUAUACAGUUUGCGCGCACUUGUCAACUUGUUUUGUAAAUUUUUUAGCCAUUGAAAACUGUUUCCCACGAUUAUUAAUGCUCCAAAUUAAUGCACAAAUAUAUGGUGUUUUGUCAAACAUUAUGCUUGUUUGUGGAGACGUUGAAAAAAUUUUAAGUAGUUUAAGAAUUGUUCGAUUGUCGUCUACAAGUUUUACAACUGAUAAUGAUGAUACAAGCGUGCGAACUUUAGAAAAUCAAUGUGAAAGUGAUCACUUGAAAGUAACUUCUAUACGUUCACCUGAGAAUAACCGAAGUACAUUAUUAUCUGGAAAUAAUGAACAAUCUGCGGAUUUUUCGUCCGAAACAUCGAUUAAUAUAGAUGAUAAUAUUUUGAAAUCCGACUUCAAUCUAUCUGAACAUCAGAGUUCAUCAUCACAUUUAUUAGCUAAUACAGAGACCACAUUAGAAGUGAACCCAGAGUUGAAUGAAAAUGGAACUUUAGAGAAGCCAACUAAUUCUACAUUUAACUCACUUAUCGAUAUCAUAUUCAUGUCACCACCUUGGGGUGGUCCUGAUUACAUUGGGAACAUUUUUCCACCUGGCUCGUCUAGUUGGAAUCAACGUAAACGGAAACAUUGGUUAUAUGAUUUGAAAGAAAUGGAACCUAUAAAAAAUCUUGAAGAUAUUCUCUUUCUUAAUAAAGCAUUAAAUAUUUCAAGACAUAUUUGUAACAAAAUUUUAAUAUAUCUACCAAGAAAUUCGUCUAUUGGUCAGUUGAUUCAAAUGAGUUGGCCAAUAGGUGAUAACCAAGGGACUUGUGAAUAUAUUGCUGAUUGUUGUUCUUGUAAACAAUAUCUUAAUGUACAUAUUGAAACAUAUUGUUUACGUGGUAGACAAUUAGCUCUUGGUUUAUAUUUGGGAAGUUUUCCGUAUUUUGAGGAGAAUAUUGUAGUGUAAAAUAAACUUAUUUGAAUAA